UUGCGCUCAUAAUGCGCAUGUGUAGAACAGUGUGAGCGCAUUAGCGCUGCGUGUUUUCAAACAAGAUGAACGCGCCACCAGCAUUCGAGUCAUUUUUGUUAUUUGAGGGAGAGAAAAAGAUCACGAUAGUUAAGGACACCAAGGUGCCCAAUGCAUGUCUGUUCACACUGAAUAAGGAGGACCACACGCUGGGGAACAUCAUCCGGUCACAACUGCUAAAAGACCCUCAGGUGCUGUUUGCUGGAUAUAAAGUUCCCCACCCACUGGAGCAUAAGAUUGUGAUCCGAGUUCAGACAACACCAGACUACAGUCCUCAAGAAGCCUUCACUAAUGCCAUCACUGACUUGAUCAGUGAGCUCUCCCUGCUGGAAGAAAGAUUCAGGGUUGCCAUCAAAGACAAGCAGGAGGGAAUAGAAUGAAGAAAAGCAACACUGUUGGAUGACAACUGAUACACAAUUGACUGGAUUUCCACCCUUAAAUUCUCUUAAUGGAUUGCAGUGUCUCCUGACCCCUUUCAUUUAUUUAUUUUCUUCAGAAAUUAAGAGGUUGGCUGAGUAGUGCUCAAAUGCUGACAGCAUCAAGUUAUUAACAUGGAGCUUUUGCUGGUACAAUGAAUACGUUUAUAUUCAAAUAUUUCAUAAUUUACUGAUCAAAUUAUGAUAAAAAGUCUUUUCAUAUGUGAUGUAAUAUGAUUUUGUAAUAAAGAAAUAGUUUUUUUAUUAUUA